AUGGCCACCUUCUCGCGGACCACCUUUGACGCGGCCUCCUACCUCGCUUUUCGACCGUCCUAUCCGCGGUGGGUGCACGACAAGGUGCUGGCGUAUCACUUUGGUCGAUCCCCUUCCUCGAGCGCGAGCUCGCAGUUGGCGGUGGACCUAGGUUGUGGGCCUGGCAUCUCCACUCUCAGUCUGCUGCCGCACUUUUCUCGCGUCAUCGGUGUCGAUCCUUCCUCCAAGAUGGUCGAUGCAGCCGUGACACCCGAUACGCCGAACCUGCCGUCCAAUCUGAUCCCGGAUCCGGCCGACGGACCCACCGGCCAACUGGGCCAGAUCGAAUAUCGUCAAGGCUACUCUGAAUCACUUGACUUCCUACAGGACGGCUCUGUAGACCUAAUCACCGCCGGUCAAGCAGCACACUGGUUCGACUACCCUUCCUUCUGGCGUGAGGCAACACGCGUGGUUCGACCCGGCGGCAGCGUUUGUCUCUACGGCUACCCCGACUUUUUCCUGCCGGAGUUUCCAUCUACUCGCUCGCUGCUGAACAAGUUUGCGCUCAAGGAUGGGGCCGCGCCAGGCAGUCCCAAAUUGAAUGCGGUGGACGAGCAGCCGGAGAAGGUGGAUAGCAUCGGUGCAUACUGGGAGCAGCCCGGUCGGUCUAUUGUCAAUGCAGGCCUUUCCCCCGUUCCCUUCCCCUUCACCUACCCCGAGAUGGCGUCUCACUGGGACGAAGGUUCCGCCUUCAAACGCACCUUUUCAACCACCGGUCUACCGAAAGAACACCACUGGUCCUCUUGGCCUCCCCCCACCACCCACCCCCUCACCGCGUCCCUCCCCGAUGAGGUAGCAAGCGAGUUUACGGGCAAGCAGGAAAGCGCAACAAUGGAUAAACACCUCGACUGGUCCCAACUCGCCUCCUACCUUCGCACCUGGAGCGCUACCCACACCUACCUGUCCGAACAUCCCAACGAAAAGGCAGAUGUGGUGGAUCGCUUCGUUCAGCAGCUCAAGCAGGCCGUGACACGGGAGAAUGGUGGAAACGAGGUCGAGCAGUUGCACCUCCGGUGGCCGCUGUGCUUUGUCAUGGUCCAGAAGAAGUCGGUAUAG